UGCCUGGUAGGAGCCUACUCGCGCUCAGCGCUCUCCUUCAGUUGUUGCUGAACAAGGAAGCCGCGCGGCGUACGAUGUCUGGCUAACAUCUAGAAAGAAGCUUGCGAUUCUGCCGCUUCCCUGGGACCUUCCAGCCCAAGUCACCAAGCCUGGAGGCCACAAGUCAUGUUUAAGUGUGAAUCCAGGCAAAGAGUGGGCAACGAAUUCUUUAUCAAAUCUAUUAGUGACGGUGCGGCAGAAAAGCGUAGAACCACGUUUUUCAGAGUGGGUAUCACCUUAGGGAUCCUCUCUGCUCAUUUUGGGGGGGCAAAGACUCCCGAACCGAAACCUCACAAUUUGGAGAUGGGGAAGGACUACUACAAGAUACUGGGUAUCCCCAAUGGAGCCAAUGAAGAGGAGAUCAAAAAGGCCUAUCGUAAAAUGGCACUCAAAUACCACCCAGACAAAAACAAGGAUGCUAAUGCUGAGGACAAGUUCAAGGAGAUAGCGGAGGCCUAUGAUGUUCUCAGUGACCCCAAGAAGAGGGCUGUGUACGAUCAGUAUGGUGAAGAAGGUCUUAAGACAGGGGGUGGAUCAUCAGGUAAUACUGGAAGCUCUUUCCACUACACUUUCCAUGGGGACCCACAUGCCACAUUUGCUUCUUUCUUUGGUGGAUCCAACCCAUUCGACAUCUUCUUUGGCUCAAACCGCACUCGAAUGUCCAAUGGCUUUGAUCAUGAAGACAUGGACAUUGAUGAUGACGAGGAUGAUCCCUUUGGAGGUUUCGGUCGUUUCGGUUUCAAUGGUGUGAAUGGCUUCCAUCGGCGGCAUCCAGAACAGCUACACUCCCGCCGCAAAGUACAAGAUCCACCAGUGGUGCACGAGCUGAAAGUAUCUCUAGAGGAAAUUUACCAUGGCUGUACAAAGAGAAUGAAGAUCACGCGGCGGCGACUCAACCCAGAUGGACGCUCACUAAGAACAGAAGACAAGAUUCUGAAUGUAGUCAUUAAAAAGGGCUGGAAGGAAGGGACCAAGAUCACCUUCCCUAAGGAAGGCGAUGCUACAUCAGAGAAUAUCCCCGCAGACAUAGUGUUUCUACUGAAAGAUAAACCACAUGCUCACUUCAAGAGGGAUGGAUCUAAUGUGGUCUACACAGCUAAGAUCACCCUGAAAGAGGCUUUGUGCGGCUGCACUGUGAACAUUCCUACCAUUGACGGCCGUGUAAUUCCUCUGCCCUGUAGUGAUGUCAUCAAGCCGGGCACUGUAAAGCGGUUAAGGGGAGAGGGGCUGCCGUAUCCCAAAGUCCCUACUCAGCGUGGUGACCUUAUUGUGGAGUUCCAAGUACGAUUCCCGGACAGAAUACCCCAACCCACACGGGAACUCCUCAAACAGCACCUCCCUUGCUCUUAGUACCAUCCAUGAGCAGAAAGGGGCUGAAGGCCAAGCAAUACAUCACAGAUCUGUGCCAAGACUUCUUCACCAACUUUGAGACUCUUUAUUUGUACGGUUGUCAACUUGCAAAAACAUGCAGUCUAUGCACCCUUCCUCCUCUUUUAACUCCAGUAAACAAAAGCAGCUCCCACAGUUUGUGUUCUUUCAGCGCCUUAUUUGCGUUACAGACUUCAGGGUGCAUUUCAGGUGACUGCCACAAUCAUUAAGAUAUAGGAACACAGGAUCCUGUACUGGUUUCCUCUAUCUCAACUAUAACCUCUGUUCUAGUCCCCUCUGGCAGUACAGGGGUCUAAGACUGGACAUUCUGUUCUUUUUGUCCGAUAUUUAAAGGAUUUAAUCUGUUUUAUUUAUAAGAUUUAGUCUGUUAAUUUAUAGCUUGUACUAUGAACUUUUCAGGUGAUACAUUUAUUAAAACCACACCCUUCCAGGCACUUUAACCCUCUGGGUGCCAGAGUGGGGGGAUAAUUUACCUGCGCACACCCAUGGUGCUCAGAGGGAUGAAUGACAGUAUUUUUAACUAUAAUUCAAAAAAACAGAUGAACUUUCUUGUAAAUUACUUUUAAAAUGUUUUUUAAAAAAAUAACACUAUUUGUAAAUAUAAGUUUUAAAAUAGUCAGCGAUUUUAACAUUUCUAUGCACUAAACAGAAAUAAAUGAA